AUUCAAACCAGCAAGCUGCAGUGACAGUGUGUGUUAACUGUUCUGUUGAGGGUACAGUCCUGGAGCGUUGGUGUAGUGUGUUAACUGUUCUGUUGACGGUACAGUCCUGGAGCGCUGGUGUAGUGUGUUAACUGUCCUGUUGACGGUACAGUCCUGGAGCGCUGGUGUAGUGUGUUAACUGUUCUGUUGACGGUACAGUCCUGGAGCCCUGGUGUAGUGUGUUAACUGUUCUGUUGACGGUACAGUCCUGGAGCGCUGGUGUAGUGUGUUAACUGUCCUGUUGACGGUACAGUCCUGGAGCGCUGGUGUAGUGUGUUAACUGUCCUGUUGACGGUACAGUCCUGGAGCACUGGUGUAGUGUGUUAACUGUCCUGUUGACGGUACAGUCCUGGAGCGCUGGUGUAGUGUGUUAACUGUUCUGUUGACGGUACAGUCCUGGAGCGCUGGUGUAGUGUGUUAACUGUUCUGUUGACGGUACAGUCCUGGAGCCCUGGUGUAGUGUGUUCGUCGCUACUCUUCUUCUAUCUAAAUGUCUGUGGAUUGUAAUUGGAGGACUACUGUUUGGGCUGGAUCUAUUGGACUGUGUGUGUGUGUGUUCGGACCUGUCACACACGUGUGUGUAUGAACGAUCUCUAUUGUGACUGAACAACACACGGGUAGACAGUCAUUGUUAGGAGGCUCUACACGCGUGUGGAUUACCGCUUGUUUGGAAUACGUAUCUGGGCAGUGUGUGGGUGUGUAAAUGUCUAUGGCAGUGGAAUCAGGAAUGGACAGCACACUUUGGAGGAGAGGAGGAGAGAGUCCCCCUGCAAUGGACUGCACGAACGUCUUGGCCCGACUCGGCCCUCCCAUCAUCAUGUGUACCCGUCCAUACCCGGACUGCAGUGUGGAGCAGGGGGAGUGUUGUGACAUGGACAGCACCAAUGAGAGCGGGGUGGGCUCUGACACCUCUGACGGGGGGCGGGGCAACGAGAAGGAGGAGGGUCUAGGAGGACUGUUCAACAAUUCUGGCCAGCUGAUUGGCUCGGCUUCUGCGUCCGUCAUCUCGGGGGAGGAGCAGUUUGAGGACUACGGAGAGGGGGAGGACGUGGACUACACUCCCAGCAGCCCUUGCCCCGACGAUGACACGCACACCAACGGCUUCUCAGACCUCAGCUCCUCUCUGCCCUCCAGUGCUGGUCAGACCCCUCUGAAAGUGUGUCACCUGUACAACAGUGAUGUGUUGGACGUCUAUUGUUCUCAGUGCUAUAAGAAGGUUAACCUGCUCAACGACCUGGAGGCCAGGCUCAACAACCUCAAAGCCAACAGCCCCAACAGAAAGAUAUCCAGCACUGCCUUUGGACGUCAGUUGUUCCAGCACAACCACAGUGCGUUUAGCAGCAGUCAGGGAAGCACAGAGGACCUGUUCAGAGACUCCAUCGACUCUUGUGAUGUGGACAUUACUGAGAAGGUGAGUUACCUGGAGAAGAAGGUGACAGAGCUGGAGAAUGACAAUCUGGCUAAUGGAAACCUCAAGUCUAAACUCAAACAGGGCAACACACAGCUAGUACACAGGGUUCAUGAGUUGGAGGAGCAGCUGAAGGAUCAGGAGAGCAGAGCCGAACAGACCCUAGAGGAAGAGGCACAUAGACACAGAGAGACCUACUGCAAGAUGGAGAGAGACAAGAACACUGACAUAGAGAUGCUCAGUAACAGAGUCCAGCAGCUGGAGGAGGAGAAUGGAGAGAUGAAACUGAAUGUGUGUAAACUGAAGUCUCAGACUGAGAAACUAGACCAGGAGAAGCAGCGUAUGACAGACAGGUUAGAGGACACCAGUCUGAGGCUGAAAGAUGAGAUGGACCUCUACAGGAAGAUGAUGGACAAGCUGUGGCAGAACAGACAUGAAUUCCAGAAGGAGAGAGAGGCCAUGCAAGAGUUGAUUGAGGACCUGCGUCGGGAGUUGGAGUACCUGCAGCUGUUUAAGCUGGGUUCAGAGAAGGGGCAGGGGGCGGGGCUAUCAGAAUACAACGCCAAGACACGGGAGAUAGAGAUGGAGCAUGAGGUCAAGAGACUCAAACAGGAAAACUUUAAGCUGCGGGACCAGAAUGAUGACCUGAACAGUCAGAUCCUCAGUCUGAGUCUGUAUGAAGCUAAGAACCUGUUUGCCUGCCACACCAAGGUCCAGUCACUGGCUGCUGAGAUAGACAAUGCUUCUAGGGAUGAGUUGGUGGAUGCUCUGAAGGAGCAGGAGUGUGUUAACUUCCGUCUAAGGCAGUACAUGGAUAAGAUCAUCCUGGCUAUUCUGGAUCACAACCCCUCUAUCCUGGAGAUUAAGAGUACCAGUUAAACACACACACUCACACACACAUGUACGCGUGUACACACACACACACACACACACACACACACACACACUUCCACGCCAGGGGAUGGGACAGAACUUAAAACAACAGACAGCUGUCUGUGUUUACAGCUGAAACUCGCUGUCUUCUCUAUCUGUCAAUCAACUGUUAGAUGUCCCGCCUCCUUUAUCUAUCCCCCAAUGGUUUACUGUUAUUAUGUUGCCAACAAAAGAAACUGUCAUAUUGAAUUAUACUAACUUGUGUGGGAGUAACUAACUGGAGAGUAGUAGUAUUAUCAUGGUGUUCACUUUAUUAUUAUGGUUAUUAUUACUAAGUUAUUUAGACACACUACCUCUGGGUUCACUAGCUCCAGUAUGACUGUAAUGAUGUAAUAAUUUAUUACUGAUUAAAACAUUUAAUAUUUGCAAACAGAGCCCCACUUCUGAUUGGCUAAAUGAGUUGUCAAUCACCUUCAAAAGUGGGUAAAGGUCAUAGGUGAGCGGAUGAGGAAGUAGCAGAUAGUGUGGGUAGGUUAAGGCAAGGAAUUUAAGAUUCCUUGGGUUAAGAUCUGAUAGCUUGGUAGAGAUGGAGUCGUUGGCCAUAUUGGGGCCGUUCUGAUGUUUGAUGGCAGGACACAGUGUCAAUCAACAGUGAGGUGUGCAACAGGGACCAAGAGUGUGUCUCAAAAGUAACAUCCUCUCCUUGUCUUCUCCUUCAUCUGCAGUGAUCUGGAGAGAUAGGAUAGGUGAAAGCUGCUCGACUGGGGAUAUUUCCUUUCACCUGUCCAGUCUUCUCUGAUCAGUGCAAAUCAAGGAAAGGAAAUCAAGGAGAGGAAGCCACUUUAGACCACUGAAACUCACCCCAAGUUUCCAUACUGAUUCGUCUGUCCCAGUUACUCUCUGGGCGGGGACGUGAAGGUUAUAACUUCUGAUUCUAUGGCCCAGUUACUCUCUGGGCGGGGACGUGAAGGUUAUAACUUCUGAUUCGUCUGUCCCAGUUACUCUCUGGGCGGGGACGUGAAGGUUAUAACUUCUGAUUCUAUGGCCCAGUUACUCUCUGGGCGGGGACGUGAAGGUUAUAACUUCUGAUUCUAUGGCCCAGUUACUCUCUGGGCGGGGACGUGAAGGUUAUAACUUCUGAUUCUAUGGCCCAGUUACUCUCUGGGCGGGGACGUGAAGAUUAUAACUUCUGCUUCUAUGGCCCAGUUACUCUCUGGGCGGGGACGUGAAGGUUAUAACUUCUGAUUCUAUGGCCCAGUUACUCUCUGGGCGGGGACGUGAAGGUUAUAACUUCUGAUUCUAUGGCCCAGUUACUCUCUGGGCGGGGACGUGAAGGUUAUAACUUCUGAUUCCUCUAUCUCAGUUACUCUCUGGACAUGAAGGUUAUAACUUGUUAUGAAGUGUCUUGACCUCUCAUAAGAAUUUAAGACAGGUGUCGUACUGGUGUCAUAGCGUUGUUUAUAGGCUUAUCGAUGCAUAGUGAGCAAAGUGUUAUCUAAACAAUGGCACCCUAUUCCCUACGUAGUGCACUACUUUAGACCAGGACCUAUAGACAAUAGGGUGCCAUUUAGGAUGCAUACACAGCGUAGCUACUACUAGUUGUAUAACCAGCUUGUUGUGCUAUAUAGUAACGUAUAACCACCGUGCACGGAGUUACGUGUCGUUGUUGAUGUAGAAGCACAAGAUGAGCGUAGCAGGGAAACUCAUUGUAUUACGUCCUCAUGUAAUUCUACACUGAAAACAUAGGGUCCUGUUCAGUAGGGAUUCAAUUGUUUUGAAACUGAAUGAAAUGGUACAAGUACUACCUGAACUUGUCCAAUAAGAACGUAUGUUUUUGUUUUCCGUUGCAAAAUGUUUUGCUACGGUGUGCCCUAUUAAACACGACCCACCCAGGACUUGAAAAAGGCUUACAAGAUGUAUCAAUGUGGUAUUUAUUUAGGGGAGAAUCCUAAAUUCCACUUAAGUCAAAUGUUCACUCAGUCAUGCCUUGAUGUCGGCAGGUAGCUUAGUGGGUAAGUGCGUUGUGCCAGUAACCGAAAGGUCGCUGGUUCUAAUCCCCGAGCCGAC